GUAAUUUUCAAUCCACCAUAUUAAUGGGCCAUGAUAAAUGUCUUGCGACAGUUAGAGGUUGUUUUAGUGUUUUGUUUUCUUUCUCUGAAUAAACUAGGCCUGUGUGAUUAUGAAAAUGGUGUUCAAGCAAAUAAAAUGUGAAACAGAAUAUUUGUGGAAAAAUACACGUUCUACCUAGGUAAAUUAACCUGACAAGAGGUAGCCUAUGCGCCUGAAAAUAAAAAUAAAAAAAACAUUGCGUUUGUGCAGGCAUUAUGACCACUAGAUGGCACUCUGCAAAAGCCUUACAGGGAGAAGUAUUCUCACUGCUUUGGUCACUGCGUCGAGACUUAUUUAUACAUUUGAAGAUGUUACCCCGGUGAAUGUGCAUGCCAAAUAUGCAGGGAAUCUAUACAAAAAUGACGAGGUAUAAUCAAAGCACUAGGGUAGAAUGAGCUCAUCUUCUCCGACCCUCACAUCAGCUGAAGAUAUAUUAGCGGUGAACAAAUUUAGAUGUUUCAUCUCCUCAUAUAUAACCGUUGAGCUAUAUUUGACUAGAUCUCAUUUUCCAAGUCAUGGAAUAAACCAUUAAACUUGAUAGUUGGAAAGUGUCAUCUCUUUCUGUCUCGCUCUCUCAACGAUUAACCUAUUGUGCAAGAUUAACUGCAUAUGACGUGUUUAAAACGUAAAUAUACCUUUAGUGUUAACAACGAGCCCAGUUUAUUUGGCUUACACAUGUCCUGCAGACUUGGGCCGCCUCGAAGCGCUCAAGUGAGUUUAGCACUGGGACUUGUCUCUUUAAGAAAGAGGUGGGCUGCCUAGAGAUGACGCAGGCAUAUUAAUGAAGAGGAUGCUUCAAAACUCCAGGCCGUCGGCAGCGUGUGUGGUAACCAGUCUACAGUUACCACAGUUAAACCAGGGGAACUAUCGGAAACACUGCAGAAUCAGUAGAGAAAACAGACCUUUUUCUGUCUUUGAGCCCGUAAGUGCAGUGUCACGCCAGGCAUUGUGUUUGAUUCCUAAAGCUUAAAGAAAAAACAAGGGAUUUUAGUUUAGAAACGGAAUCUUUAAAAAAAAAAAAAAAAAAACAUACCUUCGAGGAAAGGACAUUUUACCUGGAAAAAGGGGAUAUCAGGAAGCAUUCAAAAACACAAGUCGUAUUUUGAAAUUUCAUUGACAACAAUUUUGUUGAGACACACCAUGUCAUGUCUACUGUCACUCUGUGUUUCACUUUGGCUGGUUGCGCUGGCUGCCAGGACAAGUGCAUCAUCAGAUGGAGACAUCAACGUGUUGGUGCUGCUGCCUGAGAACAACUCUUAUGCCUUCUCCAUCUCAAGAGUUAAACCUGCCAUAGAGCACGCAAAGCAGGGCAUGAAGGUCAGAGGAGGGCAGUUUUCCCAACUCAAUUUCAAUAUUAAGUAUGCGAAUUCAGCGUGCGGUAACCAAGCGCUCUUCUCGUUAGUAGACGAGCCGUGCGAAACGAAGCCGGACCUGAUCUUGGGUCCCGUGUGUGAGUAUGCGGCCGCGGUGGUGGCUAGGGUGGCAUCGCACUGGAACAUCCCGGUAGUCUCAGCAGGUGCCCUGGCCGUCGGCUUCGACCAAAAAAAGCCAGAGUACACGCAUCUGACCCGAGUAGCCCCAAGUUACACGAAGAUGGCCUCUAUGUUUGCCUCUAUGUUUGUUCAUUUCAACUGGAAGAACGCGAUGAUAAUCUUUGAAGAUGACAAAGAGGAUAGGAACUGUUACUUUACCACGGAGGGGGUCUACAGCAUGCUUUUGGGGGAGGACUACAACAUUGCACAUUACGUCAUAAACCCAAAGGAGGAGAGAGUGGAUGCUGAUGAAAUCAUCAAAGCCGUGCACAGCGAAGUUAUCGUGAUGUGUGCAAGUACGGAUAUUGUACGUGAAAUCAUGUUGGCAGCCCACCGACGGAGACUGACCAAUGGCAGUUACAUGUUCUUCAACAUCGACCUCUUCAAUUCAACCGCAUAUGGAGACGGCUCGUGGAAAAGAGGGGACAAAUAUGACAGUGAUGCCCGAGCGGCCUACAGUGUCCUGAACACAGUGACUUUGCUGAGGACUGUCAAGCCAGAGUUCGAGAACUUCACCAUAGAGCUGAAGAAGUCAGUCCAAAAGACAGCGGUUCCCGACUGUAAAGACUGCGAUAAUGUCAAUAUGUUCAUGGAGGGCUUCCAUGAUGCUCUGCUGCUCUAUGCUAUUGCACUGCACGAGGCCAAGAAGAGUGGCUACAGCAAGAAAGAUGGUGAUCAGAUAACACAUUACAUGUGGAACAGAACAUUCGAAGGCAUUGCUGGCCAGGUGUCCAUAGAUGACAAUGGUGACAGAGAAGGAGACUUCUCAGUCAUGUCUAUGACAGAUCAUGAAGCUGGAACCCAUGAGAUCGUCCUAAACUACUUUGGGGUCAACGAAAGCUUCCAGAAGAUGCCAGGCUUC